AGGCUUAGCGAUGGCGUGUUUUGCUGUGUGGGAUCUAUAAACUCCUGUGAAAAAUGUGUGUUUGGGGUGUUAUGUAGUAGGUUCUAAUAGUUCAAAUGGUGGAAUUUUCAAGUGAUGAGUUUUCAUUCAGCUAACGCCAGUUGAAUUUGGAAUGAUGGAAUUGAAAUUGCAUUCCCCCGCUGGGGCUGAUCCCGUAUUAUAUACCUGGCCGUUAACCUCUGGUCGAGGAAACGACAAACAUGAUGGGGCCAUAGAAAUUGUGGAAACCAUCAGAUGGGUUUGCGAGGAUCUGCCAGAACUAAAACUGCCAUUAGAAAACAACAUUCUCUGUGAUUAUGAUACUAGAAGCUACGAGAGCAUGAAAUCAUUAUGUGAUAGGUUCAAUAGAGCCAUUGAUAGUGUUGUUGCUUUGGAAAAAGGCACCUCCCUGCCGGCGCACAGGAUCAGCAAGUACCCGUCCCGCGGCCUCCUGAGGCACAUCCUGCAGCAGACCUACAACGCCGCAGUUACCGACCCCGAGAAGCUCAACCAGUACGAGCCGUUCUCCCCCGAGGUGUACGGCGAGACUUCGUACGAUUUGGUGUCGCAGAUGAUCGACCAGAUCGAGAUCACGGCGGACGACGUCUUCAUCGAUCUAGGUUCGGGGGUGGGGCAGGUGGUGCUGCAGAUGGCGGCCGCCACCCCGUGCAAGAUAUGUUUGGGGAUCGAGCGAGCAGAGGUGCCGAGCAGGUACGCCGACAGCAUGAACAAGAACUUCCGCACGUGGAUGCAAUGGUACGGCAAAAAGUACGGGGAAUACAAGCUGCUCAGAGGCGAUUUUUUGACGGAGGAGCACAGAGAGAAGAUCAACCAGGCGACCAUCGUGUUCGUGAAUAAUUUCGCAUUCGGACCGUCCGUCGAUCACCAGUUGAAGGAGAGGUUCGCCGAUCUGAAAGAUGGCGCUAGGAUCGUGUCUUCAAAAAGUUUCUGUCCGCUGAAUUUCCGGAUAACCGAUAGGAAUCUGAGCGACAUCGGGACCAUCAUGCACGUGUCGGAGAUGUCUCCUUUGCGGGGCUCGGUCUCCUGGACGGGGAAGCCGGUUUCUUACUAUCUGCACAUCAUCGAUCGUACCAAGUUGGAGCGGUACUUUCAGAGGUUGAAGAAACCCCAGAUCAAGAAUGGGGACGAUGAUAGUACAACGAGUAGUAGUAGGGGUGCGAGGGAUAGGGCAAAGAGAGAUCUGUCAAAGCAGCUAGCGAUCGAUUCUUCUUCUGAGAGCGAAUUCGAGGACCAGGACAGCAAUUACGGACCAGCCACUAGGAAAUUAUGGUCAGAUUUUGGCUCUAUGAAGGGUAAAAGUAGUCCGUCCGAAGAAGAAACCUCUAAUUCGAAGAGCAAGAGGCAGCCGAAGAAGCUGAGACGCAAGGUGAACCGACCGGCGGGCAAGAACCAGCCGCCCGAGAAACCGCUGAUGCAGAAGCCGGCACCGAAGGCCCGCAGGGGGCGCGUCAAGAAGGCCAAGACGAAGAAGCAGAUCAAGAUCAACGGGCUCGAUUUGCUGCACAACGAGACGCUGCUGAGCACGUCGCCGCAGGCGGCCGGCAAGAAGCCGCCUCCGGCGCCGGGGUGCGUCGAUCAGAAGCUGACGUCGCUCAGUUCUGAGUUGAUCGUGCACAACGAGCUGGAUAUACCGGAGCAACCCUCGGACACGCCUUAUGGACUACAGGUACUCCUGGACAUGUUCAAGGGUCACUACAUGCAGAUGAUAAACCAAAUGAAGAACCCCAUGUACAAAUCCUUGGUGGACACCCAGAUCGAGGAGGAGCGAGAAAGGAACAAGCGAUUGAAAAAUCGUGCCGCGCAGCUGGAAAAACAAAUAAAAGUGCUCAUCGAUGACAGCGUGGCUCUACUAAAAGCGCGAAUGAGCGAGCUAGGGAUAAACGCUACUUCCCCCGUCGACUUGCUAGCGAAGGCGAAGGAAAUCGUCUGCAGGCAUAAGGAGCUGCAAGCUAAAGCUAGCAAGCUGCAGGGCCAGGUAGCGAAUCUGGAAAGCGAGAAGGAUCACCUGGUACUGCAACGGCAAUCGGAAGUCUGCGAAAAGUACGUCGGGCCUAACGCCGGCCACGAGCUGUCUCCCAGCGUAGCUCAGGAAUACAUACUCAGAGAAAUAUCUUCGACUCUGACGCACAGGAAGAAAUUGCAGAACGAAGUGUCGAAGCUAGAAGGGGAUAUAGUGAAUUUGCAGAAGACCGGCGAGGAUAGGAAGCAAGCUCAAGCUCUGGCGGCCAGGCAGCAACAGCAGCCGGCGAAAGCGUCCAGGAAAUCCAGAGAGUACAGGGCCAGGUCCCAGGAUUGGCCUGACGUGCCGGACAUCGCCAAAAUCGAGGAACAAAACCCGGAAAUCCUAGCUCAGAAGAUCCUGGAGACGGGCAGGAAAAUAGAGGCCAGCAAGAUGUCGGCCAUCAAUAACAAAGUGCCUCAAGUCGUCGCCUCGGCGAAAACCUUCCCGACCGGUCAGAAACCUCUGGUACGCAAUAACAUGCCGGCGCCCCUGCCCAUGACGAAGAGACAGAAGACCUCCCACAGCUACCCCACCGCUAACCUGGCUGCCAUCCCUGCUAAUAUUAUAAAUGUGAAUGGCUUCAACGCGAGCGAAGCCGCCGGUAAAAGCUUACCGAACAAUGUGGUCGCUAGCACGAAGGCGCAGGAGCCCCCGCGUCUGCCGAACUUCGAGGACCGACUGAAGAGCAUCAUCACGUCGGUGCUGAACGAGGACGUGCAGAACAGGACGAAGCAGGCGCAGGCGCCGCUGCUGCAGUACGGCCAGCCGAACGUGAACGGUGGUACGCAGCAGCAAGCAGCGAAUUACGGAGCUCACGGCUACGGUUAUCAGAACAGCUUCGUCCAGCCGAAGCAGGAGGACAAGCACAGGAAGUAUCCUCAAAGCAAGUACUCCCCGCGCUGCGAGACUGUCGUGCGACAGACCGACGACCAGCGGCCGCGACCGCCGCAAGAGGGCCUCGCCGGCAUGAUGGAGGGCUACAGAGAGGAGAUCCCGAGGGGGCCGGCUCAAGCAGUGGCGCCUCGGCAGCCGAGCGCCGAGAGGCCCGAUUACACGCAAGUGUCGCCCGCCAAACUGGCGCUGAGGCGGCACUUGUCGCAGGAGCGGCUGGCUCACCAGCAGACGCCGUACGGCGGCGGCGAGGGGUUGGUGGCGACGAGGACGAUCGGGGAUCUCAUGUCAGGUGAAAUCGAGAGAACCCUCGAAAUAUCCAACCAGUCAAUAAUAAAUGCAGCAGUUGAUAUGAGUGAUAUUCAAGGUACUGCCACGCUGACAUCCAGGUCGGUAGUCAAUGCGAAUUUACCUCCCCGUCCAGAGCGAGUUAACGUCAAAGUGCCUAAUCCCGAGACCCCGCCCACCCCCAAAGAAGUCGAGCCGAUGCGCCAGCAAGUGUACAGCCCCAUUUCCAGGCCCUCCUCUGCCGAGGGGUUGGAGGGACUGGCCUUCAUGCAUUCGCACGUCAAGCAAUACAUAACGCCCCCGCAGCCGAGCCCCAGACAGCAGUACUCGCCGCGCACGACCGUCCUCUAUCCGGCGCAGGCGCGGCCGAACCCGCCGACCUCGGCGUACGCGUCCGGCGAGAUGUACACGCCGCUGCCCAGGGCGGACAUCAAGCCCUACCACGAGAGUUAUUUUAGCGACGUGAAGCCGCCCGGGCAGGAGCACGAGCCGAGGAACAACUUCGUGGCUGAAGGUCUGGCGGCCAGCCUGCAGGCUCGCGCACUCGCCCCGCCCAUCAAGGAGGAGGUUGACCUCUACGACCGCCGGCACGCCCCUUAUACGCACCCGCCCUAUCAGGAGCCGAGCCCAACCGUGAAGGCGGAGUCGGACGGCCCCGCCCCGUACCAGCGUGACCCGCCCCUCAUUCAAAGCGUGAAGCGUGGUGGCGCGGGCUACAGGCGGGGCGGGUACGUGGUAGGGGGGCGGGGCUCUCCCGAGGAGCCGCCGCUGUUAACGGAGGAGGGGCACCACGAGCGCAGCAGGAAGGGGAACGAGGAAGAUGUCGAUGCAGUGGAAGAAGACGCAGAAGAGUCCAAAUGGCAGGACAGGAUCUCCUCGGGCUUCGACCGGCUGGUGGCGUUCGCGUCGACCGAACUCGACAAGAGGCGGCGCUCCACCGAAGGCAACGACAGCUGCAACACCUCCCCCGAUUCGGGCAUAGGCCACGGCGAUCCGCCCCCCGUUUCGGCGCCUCUCCCUUCGAAGCAGCACCUCAAGCUGCACCCCAACGCGAAGCCCACCCUGUUCAAGAUGCCGCCCAGCAAGGCCUAUCUCGAGUCGCCCCCGAUCCCGGACCAAGGGGAAGAAACGGGCCCGCCGCGCACGCCCUCUCCCACUUCGCCCGUGCCCGCCAAAGACGGGCUGGCGAUCAACUUCAGUCCCGAGCCUGCGCACUCGGAGAAGAGCCCGACGCGGGUCAAUCCGGCGCUGCUGAAGUACCAGCGGUAUCCGGAGGAGAAGAAGAGGCCGGACGCGCACUUCAAGAAGAAGUUCUAUUAUCGGGAGCAAUGGCGGGACGACGGGUGGUCGAAGGGCGAGGAGAUGCCGAAGGAUAAGUUCAGGCCGAAGGGUAAGGAUUGGGAUUGGAACAAGGAGCAGCAGAACGAUUUGCAUCAUCUGGUGGGGGACGAGUGGGGCAGGUCGCGCGACCACUUCAACUGGAAGAAUUGACGCCGUUUUCACUGUUUCUAUGGCAGUUGGCGUGGGGAUUUGGAGUUCUUUUAACGUUGUAUGGGUAGGAUAGAACCACCCAAUGGCUGUCAUGAUAUAUUUCGAUUUGCACCUACUCGAUAUUUUAUUUUGAAAAUUCUCAAUUAAGUUGACUGUUACUGAUUUUAUUUCAAUUGAUUUUGUUUUCAUUUCUUGGGUUGUUUUUUGAUUUUCUUCUUUUUGUUCCUUGAUGAAAAGACUUGUUUAUGAGUGUGUUUUAAAGAUAUCAUGAUGGUUCCAAACAUACUCCAUUAAAAGUUGUUUAUUUCCAUAAGGCAAGUAAGCUCGAAAAUUACUGCCAUAUUUGUGUUCACUGAUGAAUAGAGUCGAGAUAUUGACGAAUUGGCGUGGAUUAUUUUGCAUGGAAAAAUGUACAAUUGUAUUCAAUGUUAUCACUGCCUUCAACAAUGUUUUCAUCUCAUUGCUUCUAAAUUAUUGAUCGAGCAUUUAAUUUAUUGACACUGUAAAAUAUCUGUAUAUUAUUUAUGAAUUAAUCAAUCUCCUAAUGUAAAUAAGAACCUAAUCAUAGUUGAAAAAUUUAAGUACAACUUUUGUAAAUAAAUUAGUAUAAUGGGAAAUUGUAGGUAAAUUAAUUAUACUGAGUAUUUCCAGUUCGGCGUUUCAGUGCUGACGUUCUUUUGGUAGCAGUAUAGUUAGGUUACUUCAACUAAUUCGAUCUUUUUGUACCAAGUCUUGAGGGCUAGUAUUUUAUACUGCCACUUUUUUAUAUAAAAAUAAAAUUCAAGUACGUGUCACCAACAUUUAAUAUGAUUAGAUAAUUCAUUAAGUAAUGCUUGGCCACGUCACAAAAAUUAUUAUUUUCCAUUUUCCCAGUUCUUUGAGUAUUCAGUCACAAUUAAUUUCAUUUGAUAUUCUAAUUUAUUCAGAAUGAGAACUCGACGAAUCGAAAUUUUCCAAUGAAAUUUCAAUGUUCAUAUCAAAAAUAGGUUAUUCUAGUCUCUAUCUGGUUUUUUCAUUUAACCUAUGAGUGUUUCUAAUAUUGAGCCAACUUUUUGGGAGUCGACCAGGACAAAUUAAAAAAAUUUUAUCAAAUUUUGUUUUUUUUUUCAUUGAUGAUAGCUUUUGUUGAUGUGACAUGUACUCAGUCUACUUUUACUGAAGGAAAAUAUUUCGCACCAUAUAUAUAUCCAUAAUUCUCUCUGUAUGAUGAUACAGGGUAGGCACUAAAAUUUCACUCUUGGACCAUUUGAAAUACAGAAGGAAAAAUGACUGAGCAUUUUUAUGGUUUACUCUGUAUAAGUUUUGUAAUAUUAUAGAAUGUUAUUUAUAUUAAUAUAAAUAGAAUAUGCAUAAGUUGCUUUAUAAUUACAUACAUUUCUCUAUGGCUGUCAUUAUUCAGAAACCUGCAGUAAUAAACGAAUUAUAUUUAUAAUAAUAUAUAUAAUAACAUCCUAUGAUAUAUCAAGUUUUAUUGGUGAUAUUUUGUGCUUAUAAUUUCUUUAUGAUUUUUUGUUGGAUAAGUUUGACUUUAUUAACAAUUAUUAUAUUCAUUAUGUUGUUACAUUAUUACUUAUGUUAAUAGUCUAUUUUUUUAGUGGUAUUUUUAUGUGUUAAGAAUUUUUUAAACAGUUUUGUUUGUGAAAUUUUAUUUCAUCAUUUUCUUUCUUUCAGUUUGUUAUUUUUCACUAAUAAUUAUUUUUCAUCUAUUUCAAUCAAUAUCAAUAUCUAGCCAAAGGUUAAUUUUACCAUAGUAGACUUAUUGAGAUGAUAUGAAGAAAGUUGCUAAAUUUUC